UUUGAAAUCAGUGAUAUAUAAAGAUAAACAGCUAAUGAACAAAAUCAAACAUACACGAUAUAUCAAUCAGGAUGUUUAGACAACUGGUCAUUCUUUAUUUUGCCAUUAUUUCUGAAAUUCUGGUAAACGGACGAAGUGUUGAUGGCGAUGACGACUUGGUUGAAGAUUUACAUACUAGACAUAAACGAUCCGCAAGCUGCAGUACCACGCCAUCACUGAAGAAAUAUAAAGUAUUCGUUGAUCACACUGCAUGUAUAGCUCCUUCGUCUAAAGCAAACAUGACCACUGCAGGAGUGUCAGAUGCUGAAAUAUUAGAGAUAGUAAAUGCCCACAACACAUAUAGAUCUGGUACACAGGCUACCAACAUGAUGAAAAUGAGUUGGGAUGCCGAAAUAGCAUACAUAGCUCAGAAAUGGGCAGAAAAUUGCGAAACUGUGCAUGACGGAGGUAUGAAGAGAAGAAUCCCAGGAAGAUUCAGAAUGGGUCAAAAUCUGUUCUGGGGAUCACAUGGUACAUGGAGUGACGCUGUGAAGUGGUGGUAUGACGAGAUUAAUCAUUUCACAUACGAUGGUGGUGAUGCAAACGAUUUCCAGAAAGUUGGUCAUUAUACACAGGUUGUGUGGGCAAAAUCAAUCAAAAUAGGCUGUGGAUAUGUAUAUUGCCAGAGUGACAAGCGACAUUUAUUUGUGUGUAAUUAUGGUCCACCCGGCAACGGAGCUGAAACAUACAAACCAUACAAACAAGGGACAUCAUGUCAAGAUUGUCAACAAGGACGUUGUGUUAACAAUUUAUGUGAUUGCGAUAAGAUUUGUUUGAAUGGUGGAAACCUUAACAUAUCAACUUGUACAUGUAAUUGUAAACAAGGUUAUGAUUCUCCUGAUUGUUCAUUGAACUGUACAAAGAAAGCCGACUACAAUGUUUGUAAGUCCUGGGGCGCCGGUCAUUGUAACUUGUACGGAAAUGUACCUACAGACUGCCCACACAUGUGCAAUUUAUGCCCAAAUAGUGGUGUUGAUGUCGUUGGAGUAUCGGAUGGUAAAGGAGUGUUCAAUUUCGAUCUUUCACAAACAACUGAUGGAGGUGGAUCAGGUGCAGGCGGAUCGGGUAGUGCCAGCCGAGUUAUAAACCACACACAGAUUAUAUGUCUUAUAAUAACACUUUCAUCAAGAAUGUUUCUCAUAUUAUGAUUUUUUUUUCUGUCUAUAAGUUCAUGCUAUAAAUGUAUGCCUCUGUACCAUAUUUGUCUCUUUUUAUAUCUCUAUCAUAAAAAAAACACCGAUUCAGAUUACUGAAUCCAAGCAGUACUUUACCUGAAUAACGACACGCGAUCUCCUUCUUGUUAUAUAUUUUCUCCUGUUUCUAGCACUGAUUUAUAGUAACACAUGC